AUGUUAGUAUUGAAAAACAUGUUCCUUGACAAAAUAAAACCAACUACAGAAAUAAACGACGCAAGACUGAAAGAUUGGGUAAAAGCUUUCCCAUUCACAAAAGAUAUAGUUGGUAACAUGGAAAGAAAACCAGAAUGGCUACAAAAACAUAUAUUUGGAAACGAGCUUAUUCCAUAUGGACAGGCACUGUUUGAAGAGCUUGAACCGGAAACUCAGGAAAGAGUCAUGCAAACAAUACGCAAAGACUCAAAUACAAACUAUGACAAACUCUUUCUAGGAUAUAGGUUACCUGAGAUGGGCGACCAGAGCCCAAAGGCAAAAAGGACAUGGGAAAUUUGCAACAUACUAGAUGAACAUAAUGCAAAGAUGCAACAACUUCAAGCAGAGGGCAAUGAAGGAAAAAGAAGAGUUAAAAACUCAGUCAGGAAGAAAGUAAAGCUUGGUCCACGUGGGUUCUAUUAUGACAUAUAA